AUGGGGCGGACCCUCAUCCCCCGGCUCUUAGCUGCUAGCCGGAGCAUGUGUGGUGGACCGAGUACGGGUGAAUCCCCAGCGGACCCGGCGUCCCAGCGAUCCAGCAUCGAUCCAAGCGGCCCCCAGCCAGGCCAGCGCAGGCCAGGGGAUCCAAGCAACAACCAGAAAGCAAGUAGGAAAGCAAACCAGGCUGAGGUACCGACGGUACCGCAUACCGCAUACCGCACCCUCGCCGGUGCUGUCAGAGACGUUGUCCCUAGCUGUCACUCGCGAUCAUCGUUCUGUUCUCUUGUCCCUCCUUCCCGUCCAUCCAUCCCUCCCUCGCUCCCUCCACCCAUCUCAUUCAUUCCGAACCGUCCACCCAUCCACCUCCUCGAUCAGUCCAGCAAACAAGCCCGGCCGGACAGCCAGACAACCAGAAAGCCAUACAACAAUCAGCCAUCCACCCAACCAACACGCUUGCUCGCGGCUCGCCCUUCUCCCUUCGCUUCCUCUACCUACUUCUACCUCUGCCUUACCUCUCUCCCCUCCCCUGUCCGGCUGCCCACCUCCGUCGCUCCUCCUUCCUCUCUGACUCGCUCGCCCCCUCGUCUCGCUGCGUUGGUCUUGGGCCAUCCCGUGUCCCGCGUGUCCCCCUCCGCCCGCCGCCCGCGCCGCUUGCCCAUACCUGACCUCGGCGUGGUGGCACCUCGCUCAACCUCACCGUGCGCUCGCGCCCGCCCUGCGACCGCUGCGACCACUGCGACCACUACCGCUGUAGUCCGUUCCGCUACCGCUACCGCUCAACUACCGCCGCGGUUUCGCCUUGGCUGGCGCUGGUGUGCUGCGCGCCGUACAUUAACUACGGCGCCCCCCUUCCUGCACCCCAUCUCCCUACGCCGGGACACUUCACCUCGCACCACACCCGCCCGCUGCGACUCUGUCGCGCUCACGCACAAGCACACUCACACCCUCUGCACUCUGCCACGCCCACUCUGCCACGCUUCCCACGCCCUCAUCCCGCGCUACUUCUUUCCCAUCGCCUCUCCAUCAUCGCCCUCAAGCAAGCGUCGUCCUGCCUAUCUUCACGAUCGUCGCAUUCGGCCCCAGAUCUUCUUGAUCCAGCGAAUUAGGUCUCGUUCCAGCGCAUGCACCCCAUCACUGGGUAACGACCGCCAGCCAGAGUGCACCGCCAGCAGGCGCAUCGACAGUCGCGUUCCUCACUGCUCAACAUUCCAACCGCGCAAUCCCUUACCCGACCUCAACCACCACGACGGCCCGGCUACCACUACGACGUCCACCGUAACAACCUCGCCCGCCACCGCUGCCACCGCCACCGCCUUCGGUGCCAUGGCCACGCCGGGUUUCCUACCCCCUACGCACGCCCUCCGAUCUGUCAUGCCCGCUCCAGCUCUCUACCCUCCAAGCAUGCUGUUCGAUCGCGAAGCCGCAAAGCCCGUCGGCACCCCCUUCUCCCACUCUCCCUCGCCCAUGGUUCGCGUCUUGAUCCGUCGCCUACCCUUGAACACCUCGGAGGAGUCUCUGCGACUCAUGGUUGUCUGGUCCCAGGAACUAGCCGACGUUGAGCUGUUGCCCGUCGAUCAGUCUGAGGAUGCGGGCUUCCGAUCAGCAGUCUUGAGAUUCCGAACCAUGGGAGGUGCGCGCGAAGCUAAGAACAUGCUCGACGGCCGCUCCAACAUCUCAAACGAUGCCGAAAUGAUUGUCGAGAUUCUCUCCAGCAGUCCCGUCUCAGCACGUCGUUAUCCCACCGACUCCGUGUCGGCCAACCCGUCCAGUUCCGCCUCAUCAACCGCUUCUUCUGGGCCUGGGUCUCGACAGGCCUCCCGGUUCAAUGCUGCCUUUCAAUCGCUUGAGAACAUGUCCCCCCCAGCAAAUGGAUCAUAUCCCGGCCACGAGCUGCCGAACCCUGACAUGAGUGCCCAUUAUCAGAACCUCUUCUCUCCGCAGUCACCCAUCGGCAAUUAUCUCUCUGAGCCCCAGAGGAUAUCCGGAAAGUCGCUCAUUGCCAACGAUUCUACCGACGACGACGAGACUAGCGAUCUUUUGAAAGACCCGGUUGCCUACGCCGAACACGGGGCAACAAGCCAGAGACGAGCAACCGCGCCCCAGAUUCCCAUCAGUAGAAUGGCUGGUCUAAGCCUGAACACCAACAGCCAACCGCAACCAGGGUCUUCAUCGCUGCCGCCAUAUAUCACCGCCAUGUCGGCGCACCCCGGCCCCAUGUCCCCAAUGAAUGGAUCAAGCCCUGGUGUUGCUUACCCGAUGAGCAGCCAGCCCUACCAACGACACAAUUUCCCGCCCGUCAACCCCGCCGACCAGAACCCGCCCUGCAAUACGCUCUACGUGGGCAAUCUCCCGAUCGACACUUCAGAGGAGGAGCUCAAAGCCAUGUUUUCCAAACAGCGAGGCUACAAGCGUCUCUGCUUCCGUACCAAGCAGAAUGGGCCCAUGUGUUUUGUUGAGUUUGAGGAUGUGUCAUUUGCGACUAAGGCGCUACAUGAGCUUUAUGGGCAGCUCUUGCACAAUAGCGUGAAAGGCGGCAUUCGACUAAGUUUCUCCAAGAACCCUCUAGGAGUCAGAUCCGGGCAGGCUCCUGGACAAAGCAACUCUGCCACCCUCGCAGGCAUGAAUGGCAUAAUGGCUGCCGCAGCCAACGGAUUCGCAACGGCCAAUGGCCCUCCUCCUGGACUCUCAGCCCCUCCUGGUCUCGGAUCUGGCCGUGGAAACUACCAUGGGCCAUCGCCCUUGAAUGCUGGGCAUGGCCAUCAUUACGCCGUUGCCACCUUCCCAGGGGCCGCGGCCAACGGCUGGGGCGGGCCUGUGUAUGGCGGCCAGAUGGCGGCACCCCCAAAUGGAGUUCUCAAUAACGCACCAGCAAGCUUUCUUCCUCCACAUAUGAUGGGGAGGUAA